AUGGAUGCGUCCACGCUCAGUGCGCUCAUAGAUUCAUCGAGUAUCGAACUCGAGAAGCUUCACAAGAAGCUAGGAUGUCCAGCGGAGGAGCUUGAGCGUGCAAUUGCGGCGCUUAAAACAUGCAUUCACGAUGCAAUCCACGCGCAGAUCCGCCAUGUUGAGGCGCAGGUCGCAGAAGUCCAAGCAUCUUGCGACAAACACAAGCGUAAGAUAUGCUUGUUAUGUGAAGCCAUUGGCACAAGUGCGCAUGUGCCACCGGGCUCUUCGUUAACGGGACAACCACAGCAAGAAUCGUCGUUGCCGCUCCUUGCGCAGCAGGAGGCGCUUGUCGCCGAGCAAGCACGUCUUGAAGCAAUGUACAAAGCGCAGUGUGAACAAUGUGAUCUGGUUAUUAGUCAAAUUGAUACACUCAAUGGAUGCAUGUCAGACGCAGGCGGAGCACCGUCUAUGCCGACUCAGACGGAGACUGUGUCGACACUGCGUGAUGUCACACCCAGCACAGUACAACAUCUAGAAGCGCAUCUUAUCCAUGUACAACAAGUCUACAAGGAAAGAAAGAUGCAGAUGGAAUCCCAUUUGACUGAGAUUCUCCAGCUGUGGUCCGAACUGCACAUCAUGCCUCAUGUCGCAGUGCACGCGGGUCGUGUGUCUGUGCAUGAAGAUGGAUCCGAAGAAAGCCGUUUCCACAUGAGCAUUCUUCAAUACACACAGCAAGUCCCUACCAUGGAGCUGGACGGACAGUUCUACGGGCAAUUCCAGACAUCGUCGCCAUCACAGGCAUCCUCGUCAUCAUAUGCGACAUCACGCCUUCCUGCCGCCUUGUCAGCUGACGAGGACAGCGCCAUGCUAGCUACACCAACACGCGCUCAGGGGGCACCCAUGCUCGUCUUACACGAGUCUCAUACCGAGUGUGAUGCUCCUACAGCAGUGCCUGACCUACUUCAGCCCACAGAUACCGUUAUGGCGCAGAGUGUUCAGCUGCGUGAAGCGCUGGAGCGCGAGAAGGCUGAGCGAGAGUCAAGCAUCCAGGCAUACUAUGAUGAACUAUGUGAGCUAUGGAUGCGAUUCGACGUGCCCGAGACAGAAAUGGACGCGUUCGUGCUGGAUCAUCGUGGAAGUACGUUGCAAGUCGUCCAGGCAUACCGCAUCGAGCUUGACAAGAUGCGUUCUCUCAAGUCCCAGCACAUGGCCCUUUUCAUCACAAAGACACGCGAGCAGAUAUGGGAGCAGUGGGAUGCUCUUUACAUGAGCGACAAAGAACGACAAGAGUCUUUUCCUGCGUACUUUCUGGCGCUGCCAGGUGAAGAAGACAUGCUUGCAUCCACAUUCGACUGGGACGAGCUCCUAGCCGAGCAUGAACACAUGUAUGCCAAAUUGACCGAGAUGCUUGAACAACGCGCGCCGAUCCUUAGCCUUAUUGGGCGAUACCAUGCUAUAUGCAACGAGGCUCGUGCGUUGGAGGAAAGUGCACAAGACGGUGCUCGAUUGCUGGGCCGCGGAAAUCGAGGAGAUCCCGGACGCCUUUUGCGCGAAGAAAAAAUGCGCAAGCGUGUCAAAAUCCAGAAACCCAAGCUGGAGCAGGAACUUUUGAAAGUUUUGCCUGCGUGGGAGGAGACACACCACAUGCCGUUCAUGAUGGAUGGUGUUCGCUUCGUUGAUCAUUUGCGAGACCAGCUUGGUGGCGCUCCCAAGGAGAAUCCUCGCGUGCAGCGACGUGUUCCUGGCACUUCGGCCACCUCAGCCACAGGCAAUGCAGCGCCAGCUCCUGCGGAGAGCCUCCGCGCAUCUCGCUCAGCCAAUGGUGUGCCAGCAACACCACGGAAUGGCACUUUGACGAUGAAGAGGCCUGCCCAUGCUUUUCCAGGCGCACCUCCCACACAAUCACGCCGUGCAGGCGGACCCGGAGCAACGACGCGUUCGCGUGUAGCGUCGCAGUCGCGCAUGACUCCAUAUGGUCCGGUAGGAGCGACGCCUAGCGCACGCAUGCACGAUGCCAAGGCACGUCGCUUCGAAUCAACAUCAAGUGCGGCGACAGUGGUGCAGCGCAUGACAUCAUCAUCAAAUUCCAGUCAGGACGAGUCCUUCGCAGCUGCGCAGCGCACGCCGAGUACGCAUCUGGCCUCUUCUCUCGCUCAUGCACAGACGCCAUUUGUCUCUCGGUAA